AUGCCAGUCAUCGACCACGCCCCUCAACAAACCCGCCGACGCAUCGUUGUCGCAAUGACCGGUGCAACAGGCGCCAUUCUCGGAAUUAAAGCUCUAAUUGCCCUCCGUCGCCUGAACGUGGAAACCCAUUUGGUGAUGAGUAAAUGGGCCGAGGCGACGAUCAAAUACGAAACCGACUACCACCCAUCGAAUGUCAAAGCAUUAGCAGAUCAUGUCCACAACAUCAACGACAUGGCUGCGCCGAUUUCUAGCGGCUCUUUCAAAGCCGAUGGCAUGAUCGUCGUUCCAUGCAGUAUGAAAACACUCGCUGCUAUUCACAGUGGGUUCUGUGAUGAUUUGAUCUCGCGCACUGCGGAUGUCAUGUUGAAAGAGAGACGGAAGCUUGUGCUCGUUGCGAGGGAAACUCCGCUUAGCGAUAUUCAUCUGCGUAAUAUGUUGGAGGUUUCCCGUGCUGGAGCGGUCAUCUUUCCGCCGGUCCCAGCAUAUUAUAUCCGGCCUGCGUCGGUGGAUGACUUGGUCAAUCAAAGUGUCGGGCGUAUGCUAGAUCUGUUUGAUUUGGACACGGAGGACUUUGAGAGAUGGGAAGGAUGGCAGACUGAGAAAUAA